AUGGAUAAUAGCAUUUUGACGAAAAAAGAGCUUGAUGAAAUCAUGGCUAAAUCUCCAGAUGAGAUGACCCAACCAGAGAUCAAGAUUUGGAGAGCACAAGUAUUAAAAUCUUUAGAUGAAACAACAAGAAAAUGUGAUGAGACAUUAAAGAAAACAAAGGAAAGUAAGAAAAUACUAGAUGAAAGUCUAAGCCAAAGCGAAAACUUGAGUGAAAAAUGGAAAAGUUAUGAGAACCGGUUUAACCAUGCUAUGAAAAAUUUAGUGUUACAGAUAGGAAAACAGAUGGUUUUGACGCCAUUGGAGCCAAUUAAAGAAGAGCCUGCAUAUGAGCCAGAGAAAAUGUCUCCCCUCGAUGCCUCCAAACUCCUCAAACACAAACGCAACAUCAUCAUUCUCACCGGUGCCGGCCUCUCUGCUGCCAGUGGAAUCCCCACUUUCAGAGGUAAUGAUGGUCUCUGGACCAAGAAAUACAAAUAUUGUGAUAGUGCAGAAGACUUUGCUACGCUUAGGAAUUUUAAGGAGCAUCCAGAAGCUUUAUGGGAGUGGAUGCAUUAUCGUUUGGAGCUCUGUAAGCAAGCUGAGCCAAACGAAGGCCACAAAACUAUUUUGCAAUUUCAAGAAUAUUGAAAGUUAAACGGAGUCAAGUGUCAUUUGAUCACUCAGAAUAUUGACGGGCUCCAUACAAGACUGGCUAGACAGUCAGAAGUGCUCGCUGUCGAAGAAACCAAGCAAGGCGACCCCAGCCACGGCUUCACUGACUGAGUGUUCGAAAUCCACGGCAACCUCAACUACUCGAGGUGUUUCGCAGAGUGCUCGAAAGACCUGAAAGAAGUGCAGACUCCGAAGUCUGAACUGAGUUCGGAAGAACAGAUACCGAAGUGCGAAGAAUGUGAAAGCAUAAUGAGGCCACAUGUGUUGUGGUUUGAUGAAUGAUACACUCAAGAGCUACAUCGGGUAGAUGAAGUUAGGUCUAUUCUAGAUAGUGAAAUUGAUGCUCUUAUCAUUGUUGGUACCGCUCUCCAAACUAGCUUGGCAAGUAAUAUAGUUUCCCAUUGUUUGAUGAAAAACAUUCUUACAAUUGAUAUCAACGUUGAACCAGCAUGCCACUUUGGAUCAGUUGUUGAGGUAUGAGGGAAAUCUGAAGAGACUUUACCCAUCCUAUUUUCCCCAUUUAUCUCAAAAAAAUCAUCCAAAUCAUCAUAAACUAGCCAUAAUAUCACUUCAAGCUAUCAUGAAUCUUAGAAAGCUAUCAAAGAGAU